GGUAAGAAAAUUAAAUGGACCAGAAACAGUAAAAGCAAAAAUGAAAUUGAAGGUAUUGUUUGGUGAUAGUGAAAUGCCACCUAGUGAAGUGGAGGACCAUAAUGAGAGAAAAGACUCUCCAGAAUCCAGAUGCAGUGUAAAUAAAGAAAGCAUAGCAAAGUCCCUGAAACUAGGGGCUGUGGCAGAACAUCACAGGACUGAUGAUGCCAGUACAUUUCGAAGAAGUCAUAGGAUUAAACAGUACAAAGAAAAAAUUGCUGUGAUAGAAAAGAACAAAUGCUAUGAUGAAACUACCUUAGACUUAAAUACAUCUGAAUCCACUGGUACUGAUGCUCAGAGCCAGUCUUCUCAGGGAGCAGAUUCUGCAGACUCAAAGCAGCAGCCAGAUAAUACCACCCUUAACAUUAGUGAUGUGCUGAUUUCGAGCAGGAAAGUUAGAAAAGUAAGUUCCUCUGCCAAGACCAUGAAAGCAAUUGCAGAGUUGGACAGGAUAAGAAAAGACAUGGAGAAGUUAGAUGAACUUCAUAAUGAUGAUGACCUCAUAGGCUCAUCCCAAAAUUCUUGUAAAGAUUUUGUAACAAAUAAACCAAAGAAAGGUAGGACUUUAUGCAAAAAAACAGUUAAUAUUCUAGCUAAUCAGUCAAAACUAGAUAGCUGGAUUACUCCCAAAGAAAACAGGAACAAAGGUGAUAAACAAAGUGAAGAAGUAACUUCAAAAAUUAAAAGUAAGAAAAGUGAAGCAACUUCAGAAAUUAAGAACACAAGGAAAAGAGAAGAUAGAACCUCAAAAAUGAUAAAAAGUACAAAAAGUGAAGUUAUUUCAAAAACAAAGAAUACAAAGAAAAGUAAGGAAAGAACUCAAGAAAUCUCAGUUCAGAAAAGUAUGAAGAGACAUAGGACAGAUACUUCAAUGGUGAAAGAUAGUAAAAAAGACAAAAAAAGACUGUUUGAAUUAUUUAGAACUAGAGAAAUUGCAAGUGAUGAUUCAGUUUCUUGGAAAGGCAGUAAUGUAAAUGAUAAGCAGACAAGUUCCUCAAGUGAUUAUGGUGACACCAGAGAAAAUAUGGGAAAUACAGAUGACAGCAAUAUGGAAUUAAGUGCCGGUAGUUUAGAUAUUGACCAUACAUUCCGAAGUUCACCAAACCUAGAAAUGUCUUUAGGUGAUACCUGCAGAUUGGAGGCAGAUAAUCCUUGUGAUAGUUGUUCCUUGCCUGAUAUAGACCUUAACAGAGAGUGUCAGUCUGAAAGUGGUGAUGACUCUAGUGAAGCUCAGGACAACCACCAAAGCCAAGACUUGACAAAAAGCCAUGACCAAAGGCUUUUUGCAGAUGAGGACAAUAGUGAGGACUUAAAUCUGAGAUAUGAUACUAGUUCAUCAAACAGCCCCCAUGAAUCAUACAACAAAGAUGAGGAACUGCCAGUUGGGGACAGCACUAAAGCCUCCGAAGAUGCUUCUCCCAUUUUGUCCCUUAUUGCCAUCCGCAACAGGCUCUCGGCCAUCUCCCUUGAAGACCUGGAACUUCGGAUGCAGGAUGUGUUGCCCUACCUCAAGAAAAUAAUGAAGGGUCGGGAGCCAAACAGGAGACAUGAGAUUUUUAGAGAAGGUGGAAGAGAGUUCAGAAAUAUGUCUGAUGAACUUAUAUAUGGGCCUUUCUCAGAAGAACAAAUAUUGCAUGCAAUUGAAUGCCUGGAGAGAGAAUUUUCUAAAAUAGUUGCAAGGGCUUGCGGGAAGCACAAGGUAAACCAGUACCUUUGGAAAGUACUUGCCCCAACAUUUUUUAUCAAAAUUGUAAUGGAAAAUGAAAAGCUCACCAGUUCUGAGGCAGAAAAAACACUAGCUGAGAUUUCAUUAAACAAAACUAUAAAUAGUAAAGCUCACUGUAUUAUAUAGUCUUAUGUAAUCUUUUGUAAUUACAGGUAAUUGUAUUCUGUAAUAUUUUAUGUAUACUUUGUAUAUGGGUAUCUCACUGGAUAGUGUGUUCAGUGUGAGUUUUCAUUCCUAAAACACAUAGGUUGCUUUAGUUUUAUAUAGAAUUUUUGUGAUGUUUUUUUCAUUCAUUGUAGGUUAUUUUUACAACUAUUUACUUUCUAAUACUGAUGAUUUCAGUGGAGCCUCUUAUCAUACUGAAUGUAUUAUAAACCUAAUGCUUUUUGUGCAUAUUGUACAAAAGUACCCAUUCCCCCAUUUCUCAAUAACAGGUUUAUUAAAAAUGAACAACUGA